ACUUCAGUUCGUCACUUCGCGUUCCACGUCGAGAAAGCCUUUUUGAGUCUUCGCCAUAGCCAGCCACAUCCCAAGCAAGCGAGAAAGCAAGCAGGCUGCUGAGAGUCUAUUUUUUCGCGUCUACAUGAUCCCCAUCGGGAUAGAGUUCUCCUUGAACCUUCGGAUUAGAACCCAGCGAGCGAGACGAUCACCCAACAAGAUCAAUUGCGGGAGUUGUUGGCUGGAUUCCGAGCUCCACUACUUGAGGAAUUCGAGGUGCGGGGUUUCGGGAGCGAUGGCCUACGUUGAUCAUACGUUUUCAAUCAGGGACGACGUCAGUGGCGGGACGUUUAUUGUCCACAACGGCCCUCCUGUGAAGGAAAUUGCGCUCGCUGUCACGCUCCUCGCGCUCGGCACGCUCGGAAUCAUCUUUGGUGUUUUUAUGGCGGCGUAUAAAGUUGGUGGGGAUACCGGUCACGGCAUCGCUUUUGCCAUCCUUGGAACACUUCUAUUCCUGCCCGGGUUCUACUACACUAGGAUUGCGUAUUAUGCUUACAAGGGUUACAAGGGCUUCUCCUUCUCCAACAUCCCGGCUGUCUGAGAAGAAGUUGUAAAGUUGGGCAUUUCUCGAAGUGGCUGGAAUCUAGGUUGUCACUUGUGCAUCUUUGGGUUUGAGACAGGAUUCUAUGGAUAAAAAACAGGAGCAGAAUGGCACCAAAGUGCGUAUAUGUGAACAUAAAUGCUUUUAUAUUCCAGGUGGGCGUGGUGCAUUCUCAAUCAUCUUGGGCUUGGCUUCAAGCGCUUCAUUGCCAUUCACGAGAAUCCAAACAUAUUAUAUACCACUGCUGCAGCAUCCUCUCUUCAGUUUUCAUGAAAGAAAUUUGGUGUGGGCGCUCCGAAAUACUAAAUCCUCAAAACAUUGGCUGGUCUUCUAUUGUAUCUAUUUGUACAAAUCCUUUCUACAGUCUUGGAGUAGAAUAAAACGAUUCAACGAGUGAGAUGUCUGAUACAAACACGUACAUAUUUGCGAUUACGAUGUGUUGCUUCAAUCCUCUUGUAGCUUCCUAGUAGAGAGAGGCUUCUGUAGGUCUAGUUGACCUUAUUAUGCUUUUGAGCAUGUGUUGAGUAAUAUCGAUUGAAUGAUUGAAUUUCCUUGCAAUGUGCUACGUUGUCUUUGA